UUCACUUGAGUGAAGAAUUGAGAAGGCAAGUCUAUGGUCCACGUACACAUUUCCAGAGAAAGUUAGCACCCAGAGACUGACAGCACUGGGAAACCUACCCACAAGUGUUGUGCUCCACUGAGAAAAAAACAAGAAGUUGCUGUUCUACUCGGGAUUAAGCAAGAAGCCAUGAAAUCCCUUCCUGAGGGGAAUUUAGAAGAUGGCCUGCUGAGUAAGGUGGACUUGAGGCGCCAGCGGAUCUCCCAGACUGUGGAGGAGGUGCAGAAAGUCAUUCACCAGUUGACCACCGAAAUCAGCCACCAAGACAUUAGAUUUCAAGCCGUGCCAUACUCUGACACGUACAACGGGAACGUUAAGGUUUUGGCCCCCACUCAGUUCCUAGUCACAGUCCCAAUAAAAGGCCUGGCCGGGUACAGGGAGGCCAGGGAGCGGCGCUGGAGGUACUACACCCUGCAGGGGGCCAGGCUGCCCUGCCCCUUGCGGGCCCCCGAGGGUCUGCAGCAGUGGCUGGAAGUGGAGCAGUUUGUGAGGAGCCUGUGGCAGUGGCAUGAGGCAGACGUGAACAUCGAGGGGGACAUCGUGCCUGCCAAGGUCCUCCAGGUGUUCCGGAAGCUGGUGGAAAAUGCAAUUAGAACCUGCCACCUCUCAGGUAAGGUCAGCAUGCUAGCAAACCGCUCUGCGGUUUGGGUUGCCGUGGAAACAUCCGUAUGUCAGAUGGAGCUAGAGCUGGCCCCCGCAGUGGAGAUCCCCACCACAUGGUCGGAGAAAGCCCAGUGGCCUCGAUGUCUGAAGCGCUGGCCUUCCCCAGAGAGAGUGGAGUGCAUCAAGUCAUUUGGGUUUAACUUGCUGGCCCGUUCAAAUUAUCACUGGGAGCUGAGCUUCCUCCAGGCCGAGCAGGUGCUGCUGGAGCAGCUGGAUGAGGACGGGGGCUGCCGCAGGAAGUGUUUCCAGGUCAUGAGGCAGCUGAAGGAAGACGUCUGGUGCCCAGGGAAGAGGCCCAUCCUCACGUCCCAGCACCUGCAGACGGUGCUCUUUUGGACCUGCGAGAAAUAUCCCCACUUUAAAGACUGGCAGGUCUUCAGCAAAGCGUUCCUGCGCCUGGUGAGGAAGCUGCACAAGUGCGUGAGCCAGCACUUUCUGAAACACUAUUUCGUCCGAAGCAGUAACCUCCUUCGGUGCGCGAACUCGGGCGAGCUGGAUGCGGUGGCCCAAAAGCUGGCCUUCUUCCUGAAGAACCCCCAGAUCAGCCUGCCCUGAGGGCUGCCCCGGCCUGGGUGGCUCUUGCACAUUUCAUUCAGGCUUGACCUCAUUUUCCAGAUGGUUCCUAAGUCAGGUGCCAGAAUCCUGCCCAGGAGAGAGGAAACACAUGGCAGAGGAAAUCAUGUCCGACCAGCAGCACCUGAUGGGGUAAAGCUGUGCCCACGACGUCUGACCCAGGCCUCCCUGGAGCCAAGCAAGCAUUUCAGCCCUAGCUACCUCUCUUGGGGACGCCUCU